AUGGAUCCGGGUGCGCUGCAAAAGACGCACCCUUCCGUGCAUAGGUCCGGCGGCUCUAGCCUUCUCCCACAUGAGAUUUUGCUGCAAAUAUUCGAGGGAACGCAGCCAAAUUCGCAGUACGAAUACGACACGUCCGUAGUGGUUGGACCUCAAAACCCGUGGCUCAAAAACCUGCGCACCAAGAAGGCUCUCACGCUCGUCUGCAAGGCUUGGUGCGGACCCGCCACUAGGCUUCUCUACGCCGACAUUGUUGUAAGACGAAUGGGCCAGGUUGCAGCUUUGGCUCGCACCUUCCGCGAAGAUCGAUGUGCAGACAGCCUCUCCCGUCUUGUGCGCAAGAUCACCUUGGACGCCUGCAUCGUCGUCCUGGUGUUCGCCGAAGUCGUUCGCGAGGAUCUGGAGCUUAUCUUGCAGGUAUGUACACACCUCCGGUCUUUUUCCUCCUAUGCGGCCAAGGGAUUUUGUGGCGGAGAUCAGGCCUUUUCUCUACGAGAUUUGACUUACUUCGUACCAAUAGGGCCGUCCUCAUCCCAGCGCAUCCAGGACAGCCUACGAAUCCGGGAGCUCCACUUGGUAUCGCCCGAAGCGUGCUUCGAGUCGAUCAUCCCCCUUCUCUCCUCUGCGGUAUGCCUUACCUCCCUCAUCCUGGAAUCUUCCCCCCGCUGGAUUCGGAAUGACUUGGAAUCGGAGAGUCUCCCAUCGCUCUGUUUUCCCUUACUCGAGAAUCUCGAGCUCCCCUUCUCUCAACCUGAUCUCGGCCUGCAGGACUACGUUCGCUCGCGAUGGCGUCUACCAGCGCUGAGAGCACUCACGCUCGUUGACUGCGACGAGCCCUCCGCAGAAGGAAUACUUGAAGCGCACGGUACACAGAUCAAGUACCUUCACUUCCACGAUUCGCCGUACCCCGACUUCCUAGCGAACAGCACAGCACCGCCUACGGUGUAUGCCCAACUGGCGCGACUCUGUCCAGCGAUAGAGCACCUCGUAAUCCCCGCUGCCCACGCAGUUUUCAUCGACAUCCACUCGCCCACGCUACGGUACCUCGACGUCUUAAAUCCACGCGAUAUGGGUCCUCCCUCAGAGUUCGCGCUACGGUAUGGCUACCGACCGCGUGUUCCAAAGAUCACGCUCUCAAAGACUGCGCGCGUUCCGCUGCUCACGUCCACCCGCUACGUCCUCUUCAGCUGGACUUUCUUACCACGCGCAUGCCACCCCUCACUCAUCACAGUGGACGAGCCGGACACGCAGAUUAUUCAUCACUUCCAGUACUGUCGCAUCAUCCAGACGCGUGGAUUCGUCAUGAACGACCGAGAAGCAUCCUCAAAGGACCUGUAUUACGAAGACGGAGAGUCACAGGAGCUUGACGAGGACUCGGACGAAGGUAACUGGGAGGGCGUAGACGUAUACGGGGAACCGGCCAAGGACGAAGGCAGCCGGUAUGAGCCUUCCAGCGGCUCCGAUGAGGAGACGAGCGACGACGACUUGUGGUCGGCGUCUGGAGACGAGAAAGUUCUUCCGCAGAACUACGAGGAGGACCCUGAGCUUCAAAAUGACCGUGACGCGGCCCGCCGGUUCCUCCUCGAGCGGUUUAGUCUCAACCAGAGUUGCGCGCUCCUGAAAGGUGACGCGGACGAGGAAGAUGAAAAUGAACAAGAGCCCGAGGGUGCUGAGAGGGAGGCAUCGAUGGGGGGGCAGGACGGCGGGUCUAGCAGUGUGAUGUAG